AUAACAGAGCACCAGGCGCACAGACGAGCCCCUUCUCUGCUGACUCAGUGCCUUAACAGCAGUCCCUCCACCUGGUGAUACAGCAUCCAGCAGCCGAAGCAGCUUCUCCGGCCAACACACCCCAGCAAAACCCGGCAAAGAUGGCAAAUACAGCAAUUGCUUACAAAGAGAAGAUGAAGGAGAUCUCCUUCCUCUCGCUCAUCUGCUCUUGUCUGUAUCCCGAGACUCGCAAAAACAUCAUGGGGGACUUUCAAGACAUGGACAUCAAGGCCCUUAACAAGCGCGCCUCAGGCCAGGCCUUCGAGGUCAUCCUGAAGCCGCCCUCCCCCGUAUCAGAAGUGGCCCACUACAUCACCAGCCCCCCAAAGAGGGACAUCUCCCUGGACGACAUCCAGAAGAAGCUGGAGGCAGCUGAGGACCGGAGGAGAUGCCAGGAGGCUCAGAUUCUUCGGAUCCUGGCUGAGAAACGGGAGCACGAGCGUGAUGUGCUAAUGAAGGCUAUGGAGGAGAACAGCAACUUCAGCCGCAUGGCCGAGGAGAAGCUCCAGCUGAAGAUGGAGCAGAUCGAGGAGAACCGGCAGGCCUACCUGGCCGCCAUGAUGGAGCGCCUGCAGGAGAGGGAGAAGCACGCUCAGGAGGUGCGCAGGAACAAGGAGCUGAGAGAAGAGCUAAUGCCGUGAGCAGCCUCAGCUGUCUCUCCAUCCCACCUCCACACCCUCUACCAACACCGUCUGCCCUGAGGAACACCUCCCUUCCCCAGCGUAUCCCACAUGUCCCCACCUUCUCACCUCUUUCUCGACCAUAAUCCCCACUAUACUGAUAUGAAACUACCACAAGAAGCCAAAUGGGAGUGGAGGUGGAAACAAUUACGACAAAAAAAAAGGAAAAAAAAUUAAUGGCUCUGGCCAAUUUCUUCCAAAAAAGAAUGUUUUUGCUCUAAUGAAAAGGAAAAAAAAAAAUCAAAUUGACAAACGACAGCCCGUUUUUGUAUAUACUUUUUUUUGUUAUAUACAGUGCGAUUCAAGCAGCAAAAGUAUUGAUUGCAGUGUGCCAUUUUUAUAUAUAGUUUCCCUCUUCCUGCAUAUAUAUAGAUGUACAAAUCGGUUCAUUUUCAUUUUUUUUCUUUCAUUUCAGCCUGAGAUUUUUAUUAUUAUUGCUAUGAUUUUCUUCUUUUUCUCUUGUGGUAACAGGCUUAGGUGUUUGUUGUGAGUUUGCCAGCUAGCUGAUGUUUCUGUGACCGGUUGCAUCCUCACCAAGCCUGCAUGCUCGCUCCAUCCACUCCCUCGUCCCCUCCAGUGAGCGCUAACUCAUUUGACCCAUCAGAUCUGAACGCAAAACUGGAUUUUACUGCAUUUGCUCGGAGUAGAUUUUCCAUCCAGAUUUUUGCCAGUGUUCCAAUUAGCGAGGGGCAGGUGGAGGAAAGUCCCCAGGUGGAGAGGGGACAGCUUGCUUGCUUGCUGUGGGGACUGCAAGUCGUUGCUGCACAUCCACUCCUGUGAAUUAGGUAGUGACUGUCCCGCAGGAGACCACUAUAGCAUUUAAGGAGCCCGUUCUCAUCCUCCUUUCUCCGUCUUCAUCUGUUUCACCUGUGCUGUAAAAGCACUCAUUCACAUGCUCUCCACGCAGACAACCCAAACACAAAGGCUUGGGAGAGGUUUUCUAUAGAUACUGUUCAUUUACCACCGGAAACUGUUUCAACUUCCCUGACAAAAAAAAUAAAAAAUGGUCUCAUAGUCCUCAGAAAUGAGCCUCCAGUCACAGUUAAGUCACUGUUACUGUCUUGUACAGCAUCACUGGGGUUAAGGUGCAUCCUGAAAACACUGGCGUGCAAAAGCAUAACAAAACAAUACAAAAUAAACUCCACUUGCUACUGUGAAUCUACGCUGGAGAAAAUUCAAAUCAGUCCCAGCUUUCUGUUUCAUAAAAGGCUUGAAUAGUUCUUACAUCACCUACUGGAAUCAUUGCACUUCACCCCAAAACUCUGUAAAUUCCACUUGAAAGCAGGCACAAGGAAGAUAUUUAAGCCAUAACAGGCAUCACUGCAACGACCAUCCAUGAACACAGUAUUCCCAUCUUUCGGAGGUGUAUAUGAGCGUAUUAAAAGGAUGCAAAUGGUUUGUAACAGGGGGUGUUAGAACCUGAGGAGACCGUCGUACACGCACGCACAGGUGGAUGUGUGUGAGGGGUUGUGUGAGUGUGUUUCAGAGAGGGUGGACAGUGCUCGUGCUGUGUGACGCUGAUCUGGUGAGAUAUGCACUGAUGACAUUACAGCAUGUAAAAAUCGUGAGGAAGUUCAACACACAGUGAAUAUCCGACCUGCCUCUCUGUCUCUCUUUCUCUUCUCUGUCCAUUUGUGUGUUUCUCUCUUUCCACGUAUAUCUUUGUGAGCAAGCAGUGGUUAAUAAAGAUUUGGGGUUCAGUGAAUAAAACAGG